UGCAUCAACUCAGCCAGAAGACAGACCAUUAAGAGUCAGCACUGCAGGCAGCCAAGACAAAGCACAUCCUCCUUUGAUGUCUCAUGGGACAUGGUGGCUAUGGGUGAGGCUGUGAUGCACAUUAGGAUAACUCAUCUGCACCUCUGGUUGGAGAUGUUGAUCCUUCUUUCCACAUGGCCCUUGACUGAGCAAGCUCAACACACCAGCCUCCCAGAAGUAGUGAUACCUUUACGGGUCACAGGCAACAGAACAAUGUGGGCUAUGGGAUGGCUGACCUAUAGCUUGCACUUUGGGGGUCAGAGACAUUUUAUCUACAUGAAAGCCAAAAAGGCUUUCAUAUCAAGACAGCUCUCUGUAUUCACUUACACUGACCAAGGUGCUCUACACAAGGACCAGCCUUUUGUCCAGAAGGAUUGCUACUACCAUGGCUAUAUGGAUGGAGACCCAGACUCCAUGGUUGCUCUUACCACCUGUUUUGGAGGCAUUCAAGGAAUAUUACAGAUAAAUGGGACAGUAUAUGAAAUCAAGCCCAAGAACCUUUCUUCCACAUUUGAACAUUUGGUUCGCAAGAUACACAGUGAGGAGACACAAUUAUUCCCCAUGAGGUGUGCAUUGACAGAAGAGGAGCUAGCAAGGCAAAUGAAGCUCCACAGGAAUGAUAACCCCACACUGAUGCAAAGUGGCUAUGAGGGCUGGUGGACCCACAAGAGUUUUCUUGAGCUGGCACUGGUUGUUGACCAUGAGCGAAUUCGUUAUCUGGAUGGCAAUCAGUCACGUGUGUUACAGGAAAUAUUGAUCAUUGUUGGUUUAAUAAAUGAGAUUUACCUUGCACUGGAUGUUGAGGUAGUUUUGCUUGGAGUUGAGAUGUGGAAUGAAGGAAAUCCAAUAACAGUGAAUAACAUAUAUGAUCUCCUGUCAGACUUUUGUUUGUGGAAGGCUAUCAGCCUUAAUAAUCGUAUUCAAAAUGAUAUUGCACAUCUUUUUGUGCUAUAUGAUUUUCAACAGUAUCUUGGUUUAGCCUUUGUUGGAACUGUUUGUAUGCCACGGGAUAAUUGUGGAGUUGAUUGUCUGAUCGGAGAUAAUCUUUUUCAUUUUGGAAAAAUUACAGCACAUGAAAUGGGUCAUAAUUUGGGUAUGCUGCAUGAUGAGGGUUCAUGUACCUGUGGAAUGGAACGAUGCUUAAUGGCUCCAACAGACAGUGGCACCCUCAAUUUCAGUAACUGUAGUUAUGCUGACUUUUGGAAAGUCUAUGCUACUGCCAACUGUAUGCGCAAGGAAAAAAAGCCAAUAAGUAUAUACAAAUUAAAGUCCUGUGGGAAUGGUGUGGUUGAUGAUGGAGAGCAGUGUGAUUGUGGAUCUUGGAAAAAAUGUACAGCAGAUCCAUGUUGUACGAUGAGCUGUACCCUCAAACGUAGGGCUGCCUGUGCUUUGGGGCUUUGCUGCAAAGAUUGCCAGAUCAUGCCAUCUGGCACAGUGUGCAGAGCAAAGGAGAAUGAAUGUGACCUUCCAGAAUGGUGCGAUGGACAUUCACAUGAGUGCCCUAAGGAUGUGUAUUUGCUUGAUGGGAGCUCCUGUAAAGAUGGUGGCCACUGCUAUGAAAAGAGAUGUAACAACCGAGAUGUACAGUGUCAGCAGAUCUUUGGCAAAGAAGCCAGGAGUGCAGCUCAGAGAUGCUACAGGGAAAUCAACAGCCAAGGUGACCGUUUUGGCAACUGUGGUCUAUUCAGGAGUACAUACUUAAGAUGUAAGGACUCAGACAUCCUCUGUGGGAGAGUGCAGUGUGAGAAUGUAAAAGCUCUUCCUUCUUUGAAAGACCAUUCCAGUGUUCACUGGACACACCUCAAUGGUGUCACCUGUUGGGGGACUGACUACCAUUUUGGGAUGACAAUACCUGACAUUGGCCACGUGAAAGAUGGCACAGACUGUGGUCCAGAGCACGUGUGCAUUAAUAGGAAGUGUGUCAAUAAGUCGAUUUGGGUAAGUCAUUGCUCACCAGAGACAUGCAAUAUGCAAGGGGUCUGUAACAAUUUAGACCACUGCCACUGCAACUCUGGUUGGAAGCCACCAUUUUGCCUGGCCCAUGGCUUUGGGGGGAGUGUGGACAGUGGCCCUCCACCUCCAAAACAAAUGAAAUCCAAGAAAAAUAACUGGGUGAGCAUUAUUCCAAUUCUUGUUAUUUUUCCAUUCUUUGUGUUCAUUUGUCUUCGGAAUAAGUAUAGAAUACCACGUAGAAGUGAAGAACCAAGUGUUUCCUCUUCAGAAGAGGAAGAAGAGUCCAGUGACGUCAGCACUACUAGCAAAAGCUCGUAAUUCCAAAAGUCACAACAAAUCUUCAAAACAUUCCCAUGUCUUUCCAUGUGUGAAUUUGCCCCUUGAAGCAUUGCUUGUUUAAGAAUUUGCAGGGACAAAACCAUAGAGAUGUUUAGUAUUUCAGGAUUCAAACCUCAGUAAUCAAUAAAAGUCUAGUGCUAACACUUA